AUGUUAAAGCUUACAGGAAUUGUUUUGAAAAAUCAAGGCAUAUUGGGACUCUAUAAUGGAAUUUCUGCCUCUGUUUUAAGGCAACUAACAUACUCAACUGCAAGAUUUGGUAUUUAUGAAAUGGCAAAACAACAACUCACUCCAAAGGAUGGAAAAGCUAUAUCAUUUUUUACUUCUGCAUUUCUUGCCGGCCUGGGUGGUUUUGCUGGAGGUUUUGUUGGAAAUCCAGCAGAUCUAGUUAAUGUUCGAAUGCAGAAUGAUGUCAAACUUCCUCCAGAACAGAGAAGAAAUUACAAGAAUGCCAUUCAUGGUCUGUGGCGUGUCGCGACGGAAGAGGGUGUGAUGCGCUUAUGGGCUGGUGCAUCUAUGACCUGCAGCAGAGCUGUUCUCAUGACAAUUGGUCAACUUUCCUUCUAUGACAAAAUUAAGGAAUUGCUACUAGCAACAAAAUAUCUGCAGGACAAUGUCUUCACUCAUGUUACCUCCAGUUUACUGGCUGGUGCAAUAGCUACAACUUUGACGCAGCCUGUUGAUGUUUUGAAAACUAGAGCCAUGAAUGCCAAGCCAGCAAAGACAUUCCUGCAGAUGAUGUUACUUAAAGUUGACAAAAACAAUAAAUUGUUAAAA